AUGAUCUCGUCAAAGUUGACGCAUUUGGCGCAUCGGACAUCCUGUGUUGCUUCCAUCUCCUCUCCAGCCUCGAGCACCGCUGCGGCCACCGCUCACCGUAGCACGCAAUGUGCUGCCGUCCGCGCCCGUCGUCCACACCAGCGCCGACAUUCGAGUAGCAAAGCAUCUUGCCCACCAGAGAACAGUGCAACUGGUGGCAAGCCCACUCCGGCGACCAAGGAGACUGCUGAGCUGUCCAACCCGGAAACGACCCAGAAAGGCAACAAGCGCAUCCCACGUACAAAGCGCUCGCGACCUGCCACCGCUGCAAAGUCGGAAGAUCAGUUUGCGGGUCUACCAGCUGUACCUGGCACACAGCACAUCAACUAUGCAGAUCUAACCGUAUCUUCGUUCUUCUCCCUGCAUAGACCUCUGUCGCUCGCAACCACUAUCCCACCUCCAUCCAGCGCUGGAGUUUUCGAUAGCAUCUUCGAGACACGACCCGAGCAGGAUCCCUGGGAACAUGGCAACUCUGCUGAGGGCCGUCCUGAAGAUGUCACUUAUGCUCUGACCAGCCUCUUCAAGGGCCUCGGAAUCGGUGGUGCGGGGGAGGACAGCAUGCGUGUAGAUAUGAUGUCGGAAAGCAUGACGAAUCAAGACGGCGUGACGCAUUUGGAUGGUCCACCACAGUUGAAGAGUCUGGACGAAGUGGUGGCUUCCUUCAAACCCUAUGCAGCUCCACCAGCACCGGAGCCCUUUCUCUCCGAGCCGGAGUCAAAAGUCGCGGAUAAGAAGCGAUCUACUAGGAAGAAGACUGAGAAGCGAUACCUUACGACCAUCUUCCUUACGGAGUCCACGGCCGAGAAUGGCGAGAGCACAUGGACAGCCUCUUCAUCACCCGUGGUUGCUGUUCCUGAGCCACAACGGCCUCGUUUCCAGGAGGGGAAACGGCAACGCGAGCUACACUUCUGGAGAGCUCUCAAGCAGAAGAUGCUGGAGCAGACAGAUGCGACACAAUCUAUAAGGAAGGCGCCAAGUGCCGCACAAAAGUACAAGAUGCUGCUCAUCUCUGUCAAGAGGCAGCGAAAGCUGAAGAUGAAGAAGCACAAGUACAAGAAGCUCAUGAAGCGUACACGAAACUUGAGGCGGAGACAGGAUCGCGCCUAA